AUGGCAAUGAAGUCAGUUUCUAACUUCGCAAUCUUUUUAAUCCUCUUUUUGGUCACCUCUGAAAUAUCUGAGAUAGAAGCGAAAGAUAAGGAAUGUCUAAAAGGAUACAUUGAUGCGCCUUUAAGCUAUUGUAUGGCUAGGAUUUAUCCGUCGUUGUGUUAUCGAAAUUGUCGUUUUUACAAGGGCGCGAAAGGUGGAAAAUGCGACGGUCUUAAGUGCUUCUGCGACUUCUGCAGCGACAAGCCUUUUUAG